GCAGCCGGCGAUCGGGACAGGCUGUCACUGGCGUCCCCGGCUCCAACAGCUGGGCCUGCCCGCGCCUGCCAGCAUGAGCUCCAGGAAGCGGAGCUUCACCUUCGGGGCCUAUGGAGGGGUGGACAAGUCAUUCAUCUAUCACAGAAGCCUCCGGAAGAACGAUGUGCCAAGCCAGCAUGUCUCACACACCGUAGAGCUGCCCUGGGUGGGCUCUGCUCCACCCCACCCCAAGACGUCAGAGUUGUUUGAGAUGAUCGAAAAGAUGCAGGGAAGCAGAAUGGAUGAACAGCGAUGCUCCUUCCCACCCCCUCUCAAGACCGAAGAGGAUUAUAUCCCGUAUCCCAGCGUCCAUGAGGUGCUGGGGCGCGAGGGGCCGUUCCCCCUCAUCCUGCUUCCACAGUUCGGGGGCUACUGGAUCGAAGGCACCAACCAUGAGCUGACCGGCACCCCUGAAACCGAGUCGCUCCCGUCUCCAACCUCCAAGGGGAAACUGGAAUGUAACCACAUGGCCAGGAUCUACAGGAAGCAUUUCCUGGGCAAGGAGCACUUUAAUUACUACUCCCUGGACACAGCACUGGGCCACCUCGUCUUCUCCCUCAAGUAUGAUGUCAUUGGUGACCAGGAGCACCUGCGGCUGCUGCUCAGGACCAAGUGCCGAACCUACCACGAUGUCAUCCCCAUCUCCUGCCUGACCGAGUUCCCCAACAUCGUGCAGAUGGCCAAGCUGGCGUGCGAGGACGUGAACGUGGAUCGGUUCUAUCCCGUGUUGUACCCAAAGGCCUCCCGUCUCAUUGUCACCUUCGACGAGCAUGUCCUCAGCAAUCACUUCAAGUUCGGUGUCAUCUACCAGAAGUUGGGCCAGACGUCCGAGGAGGAGCUGUUCGGCACCACCGAGGAGAGCCCAGCCUUCAUGGAGUUCCUCGACUUCCUGGGCCAGAAAGUCCAGCUGCAGGAUUUCAAAGGGUUCCGGGGAGGGCUGGACGUGACCCAUGGCCAGACGGGAACAGAAUCCGUCUACUGCACCUUCCGCAGCAAGGAGAUCAUGUUCCAUGUGUCCACAAAGCUGCCCUACACCGAGGGCGACGCCCAGCAGUUGCAGAGGAAAAGGCACAUCGGGAACGACAUUGUGGCCAUCGUCUUCCAGGACGAGAACACACCCUUCGUGCCGGACAUGAUCGCCUCCAAUUUCCUGCACGCCUACAUUGUGGUGCAGGCGGAGAAGCCCUGCUCCGAGAGCACGCUCUACAAGGUCUCCGUCACGGCCCGGGACGAUGUGCCUUUCUUUGGCCCUCCACUGCCUGACCCAGCCGUUUUCAGAAAGGGCCUCGAGUUCCAGGAGUUUCUGCUGACCAAGCUGAUCAACGCCGAGUAUGCCUGCUACAAAGCCGAGAAGUUUGCCAAGCUGGAGGAGCGCACGCGGGCAGCUCUGCUGGAGACGCUGUACGAGGAGCUGCAUGUUAACAGCCAGUCCAUGAUGGGCCUGGGUGGGGAUGAGGACAAGCUGGAGAACGGCAGCGGGGGGAGCGGAGGUUUCUUCGAGUCCUUCAAGCGCGUGAUCCGCAGCCGCAGCCAGUCCAUGGAUGCCAUGGGCCUCAGCAGCAAGAAGCAGAACACGGUGUCCACCAGCCACAGCGGCAGCUUCGGCCACAACAACCCAGACAUGGCCAAAACCACAGGCAUAUCAUUGCUUGUCCCUGGAAAAGCGCCAAGUAGGUGCGGACGUCGCGGCAGCGCCAUAGGGAUAGGAACCAUAGAAGAGUCGCUGAUUGUUCCUGGGAAGAGCCCGACACGGAAGAAAUCCGGCCCCUUCAGCCCCCGGAGAAGCAGCGCCAUCGGCAUCGAGAACAUCCAGGAGGUGCAGGAGAAAAGGGAGAACCCAGCAGGUCCCCAGAAGACACCUGACAGCGGCCACGUGUCCCAGGAGCCCAAGUCGGAGAACUCGUCCAACCAGAGCUCUCCAGAGAUGCCCACCACGAAGAACAAGGGGGAGCCAGCGUUGCAGAGGCCCGAGGUGCUGCGGGAUUUCUCCUGCUCGUCAUCCAGCGCCAGCAGCUUCGGCAGCGUGGUGGAGGAGAACGAGGGUGCUGACGAUGACACGGGUGUGGAGAGCCAGGCCUCGGGGACGCCUCACAAGCGAGACUCCUUCAUCUACAGCACAUGGCUGGAUGACAGCCUCAGCACUGCCAGCGGCGGGAGCUCUCCAGGCCCCUCCCAGUCUCCUCAGCCAGAGCCCAGGAAACCUGGAGACGCUGCCUGUCCGGAGAUCAAAAUCCAGCUGGAGAGGUCUGAGCGGCACACGCCCCACCUGCCUGGAGAAGACGGGGAUUCUUACGGCCUGUGCCCAGCGCCCUUGCCCCACUCUCCUUCGCCUGCAGCACCCACACAAGAAGCACAAGCUGAAGGGCUUGAGGAGGGCCCCGACCUCUGUCACAGCUGAAGACGACUGGCCCAUCGCUGAAGCCAGCAGCCGAAGCCUAUGGCCUAAGAUGGCCAGGCCAGCUCCCUCCUUCCCUUCCCACAAUGCGGCCAGGCACUGGCUGCCUGAGAGCCGGCGC